AUGCCUUCCCAAAAACCUGAAGAACGUGGCGAGUCCUCAAACUCUGUCACAAAGGCAGCUCUUGCGGCUUCUAGUAAUGGCGCCCCAAAUUACGAACUUCCAUGGGUGGAAAAGUACCGACCAGUCUUUCUCGACGAUGUUGUCGGCAACACAGAAACAGUCGAGCGACUAAAGAUCAUCGCUAGAGAAGGAAACAUGCCGCAUGUCAUCAUCUCGGGUAUGCCAGGUAUUGGAAAAACCACCAGUGUUCUCUGUCUGGCACGGCAACUAUUGGGUGAAUCGUACAAGGAGGCGGUCCUGGAACUCAAUGCCAGUGACGAGCGAGGUAUCGAUGUCGUCCGAAACCGAAUCAAGGGUUUUGCCCAAAAGAAAGUCACUCUCCCCGCUGGCCGCCAUAAACUCGUCAUCCUCGACGAAGCCGAUAGCAUGACAUCGGGUGCUCAACAAGCCCUCCGACGAACUAUGGAGAUUUACUCGAACACGACACGAUUCGCUUUCGCCUGCAACCAGUCCAACAAGAUUAUCGAGCCUCUACAAUCGCGAUGCGCCAUCCUACGAUACGCCAAGUUGACGGACGCCCAGGUCGUGAAACGACUAAUGCAAAUCAUUGAGGCUGAAAAGGUCGAAUACAGUGACGACGGUUUGGCUGCACUGGUUUUCAGUGCCGAGGGAGAUAUGCGACAAGCCAUCAACAACCUUCAGUCUACGUUUGCUGGUUUUGGCUUUGUUUCAGGAGACAACGUCUUCAAGGUUGUCGACUCGCCUCACCCGAUCAAGGUGCAGGCGAUGCUGAAGGCUUGCUACGAAGGCAAUGUUGACUCUGCACUUGAUACACUUCGAGAGCUUUGGGACCUGGGUUAUUCGAGCCACGAUAUCAUUAGCACUAUGUUCAAGGUCACGAAGACUAUCCCCACCCUGAGCGAGCAUUCAAAGCUGGAGUUUAUCAAGGAGAUCGGCUUCACACAUAUGAAGGUCCUCGAAGGCGUGCAGACAUUGCUUCAGCUCAGUGGGUGCGUUGUUCGCUUAUGCAAGAUCAACAUGGAUCCCAACCGCUUUCGGGUUUAA